AUGCAAGAUAUUCUUCAGGUUGUCAAGGCUGAUUGGGAGAGUCGCGACUUUAUACGUCGAGUCUCUCAUGGCAUACUUGAAAUGACCGAGUUUUUACAAAAGUUUGAGCAACAUGCACGACAAAAGAUUGGGUCAUUGGAUGAGCGACUAGAAAAAAUAGAGCGUGGACUAACAACCUAUGAAGCAAGGAUAACGUCUCUCGAGCCAAUUGUCUCGGUUGUUGAUGCCAAACCUUCUCAAGCGUAG